AACAACUCAUCAAGAUCGGAGCGACAUAUCGCCAUGGGAUGCCAUGGGCUCAGGUACACCGAGUAUCCGUCCCUGUACUGCGGGCCAUGCAAUGUGAAUCGAGAUGCCUCGGUGAAACCAACCGAUGCGGUGAUUUUUCUCUAUGUGCACCGGGAGAGUAGCACCUUCAGGCAUGCCAUCGAAGCAGCUGCCUCCUCUUGGAAGUAUUGCUGCAGCCCCGGUGUCCUACAAGGUCCCUUUGAUUUCAGGUGCGAGGUGUGUCAUGUCAGCACUCGCACUGCAGCGGAUUUUGCUGCGCACAACGCAGGAAAGAUGCAUCGGAAACGCGUGGCUUUGGAGGAGCAUUGGGAAGCCGCCCUCAACGCCUCCCGUGGUCGAUUGAUGGAAGUGACCUGCAAUCUACAUGGAGAAGGAAAAGACCACAAGGACGUGUCUACGGUGUCUGCAAUGGUCUUGUUGGCAUCCAGACUGUUCUGGUGGGUCUCCACCUACUGUCCCUGCGGUCCUGCCCCAUUCUCCCGUGCCGUUCCCGGCAUGCCGCGUCUCCAAGUGCAUCCCAUCGCCUCCCGCGCCCUCGAUGUGGACCUCGACGAUGGAACGACGCUGGCGGCGUUGAAGCGGGCGCUGGCGGAGCGCACGGGGAUCGCGGUGGAGGAGCAGCGGCUGGUGCUGCGUGGCAAGCUGCUGGAGGAGACAACUGGGGCAGGAAUUUUGAGGGAUGGGCGGCUCACCCUGCAAAAGGAUGACGUUGACGUCUCUUCCAUCGAUGGACGCAUUUUCCUGGCGCGGAGAACCACUGGACGUCGCGGCGAGACUGAAGAGGUUCAACUGACCGUGAAGAUGGUGGAUGGGGUGUCUCAUCCAGGGAUUCGAAUCAACAGCUCCUUGGAUCGUUUGGCCCGGGACUUUCAGCAAGAGGUCUUGCUUCAGAUGAAUUUACCUCUCGAACUUGGCUACAAAUUUGUGACAAAGGGCCGCUUGAUUAGCGAGGUGCUGGAAUCUGGGGGGAAACUGGGAAGACCUGGCCUGGUGACUUGA